UGCGGGUUGCAUCUACUGCUAAUUUUCAUGCCUGCAUCACACAAGCUCACAAUUCGUCUCCAUCUUCUCUCUUUAUUCCACACCUCCCCAGGUCAAUCCGCUGCACAUGGCGCUGCCCCGCAAGCGCCUCGAACCCGCGCUCAAGGCGCUUGUUCGAAACCGAGGGCGCAUGGAGAGGAACCUACACCAAUUUGCCAUCCUCGCCGCCAUUCUCUCCUUGGCCAUCAUCACGGCGCCCGUCGGCCUGCUCCGAGAGCCCAACGAGCCCGAGACGCGCUUCGCAGAGGCGAGGAGCCUCGUCGAUGCCGUCCACCUCGCCCUGCUGACGGCCAGCACUUUUCAGAGCGAUGAUCUGGACAAGGUGAUGGCCUGGGUCCUUCUCUCGCGCGUCCACGGCAUCGAGGAGCGCACCCAGAACGCCUGGGAGGCGGCCACCAGCGCACUGAGAAGUAGCUACGCCAUGGGGUUGCACCGUGAACGGCCACAGGGCGCCAAGGCUAGAGGUAGCAGCAGCAGCGCAGCGCCGAGAUCUGAGAUGCUGAUGGCAUCGUCUGACGACGGCGACGGAAAUGGCGAUGGUGAAGACGAGGUCAGGCGGCAAGUGUGGGCCAUGUGCCUCUUCCAAGAGAGGAGCCUCUCCCUCGCCCUCAACCGGCCCUCGAUGGCGUCGGACGCCAUGCACACUACAAGGCCACCGAAGGGCUACUCCAACGAGACCCGGGACCGCCUCGACUCCGACGAGACGAGGGUGCUGUCAAAUGCCUACUACCAUUCCCUCGCCCUUCUCAUGGGUCGCGUCAACGAUGUCGUGCAGCGGACCGACGGUCACUCCCUCUACGACCAGGCCGAGGCCAUUGACGAAGAGAUUGACGUCUUUCGACGGUCCAUGGAUCCCUUUCUGGGCCCCUUUUCGACCGACGUCAACGAGCUCGUCGAGGCGCCCACGCUCGCCAGCGAGAUGCUCCACUGCCAUCGCUGGGUUCUCCACGCCGAGCUGGAUGCAUUGCGCAUCGCCCUGCACCGGCCCUUUCUCAGCCCAACCAGCGUGGGCUGCCGCCAGUCUCGUGCGGCCUCGAUCCAGGCCUCUUGGGACAGCCUGGCUCGCCGGUCCAAGCUCGUCUUCACUUUCCAGAAAAGGUACGGGAGUGGGACCACGCCCAGGUCCUUUCUCGUCCUCAUCAACCAGUCGCAGCGCUUCUCCAUGGUCCUUGCGUGCUGCAUCUCUCUGCUCAUCAACCCGCGCGACGGCGAUGCACUCAAGCUGAGGGAAGUCAUUGGCCGGUACCUCGAACUCAUGCCCAGGCGCACGUCGAGGUACAUCCGUGAGGGAGAUCACCGACGUAUCCGGAGCCUGGAACGAGAGACGAGGAUCCUCGAGCUAUUUCUCGAUCAGGCAGACCGGCUAGCUGCCCUCAUACCCGACGAUCCGUCUUCUUUGACGCCGCCCAAGGAGGGACAGCUACAGCAGCAGCAACAACAACAACAACAGCGAGCAUCAAUACAGUCACAGCCACUGACUGCUGGUUUUGAUACAUCGAUGACGAUGGAUCAGACGAACGAUGUGAUCAAGGCAUUCUUUAGCAGACCACCUCCAGCAAAUUUCCAGCACAGCUCUGCACUCGCCGUCCCCACCGCGGCAACGAGACCGGUGCAACGAACGCAACAAGAGGAGCAAGAGUAUAAUCCGUUUGCCCUGCUCAUGAGGGGCCAGGCGGACGAGGCGCAGCUCCAGUCUUCGCUCGUCGAGGCCCUCUGUGCUGGCAUGAAUUGGAGCACGCCUUCCUAUUCUGCCUUUGGGCCGGGGACCUGACUUUCUCACCAUUACUCACUAUCCCCGAUCUCUUUGCUUUGCCCUUUUACCCCUUACAUCACGUAGCAUGUACUCUUACACUACUGUCCUGUGCGAU